AUGACUGCGUUGGAGAACGAUGUCCAAGAGUUGAAGCGCAAGUUCGGCAUGAACAUGCCGGCCGACCCUCACCACGGUGCAGCGAUGUGCGACGGCAAAACCACGAUGGCGAAGUCAGCAGCAGACACAGCGAAGACGACGGCACCCGGGGCUGGCUGGGAUUGGCGAGCCAAGACAUCUGCGACGCCUGGGCCUCCAAUGGAGCCUCCGGCCGCUGGCACACAUCCCGGCUCCUUCGAUCGUCCUGGUACUCGGCCGGCAGGAGGUUCCGCCGCUGUUCCUGCGAUGGGUGCAACUCAGGCUCCGGCGAAGCCGGACAUGAGCCAAACGACGCCGCGGGCCGCGCCCUGGAACCGGCAAGUCUCACCUCCGGCGCCCUCAGAGCCGCAGCAUGGCACGCGCCCCUCUCCCUGGAGCCGGCCCACCCCGACCACGCACACGGCUCCGGAACCUCCUCUACCGGGCCAGAGAGCAGAGACGCCGAUGCAGCAGCGCCAGCCGCCUUCCUCUGGCGCGCCGACCUCACCCGCAUCACCUGCAAAAGCCGGAGGUACCGGUGGCUACAAGAAGCCUAAUCUCGAAGAUGCUGUCGAGGUUGCAAACCUCACAGCUGAACUGGACCGGUGCAUGAUGAUGCGACAGGUAUCUGCACAAUCUGCAGGCGGCGCAAGUCUGAGCAACGUGCCUUGUGCUCUCAACGGCCGGGCUGUGACCCCAGGACGUGCUCCAGUCGCCGCACAACCUCAACCGGCGCAGAUGGGCGCUUCGGGGAGGUUCAAGGGCGUUCCACAAAGUGUUGCCACGAAGCUCUUCAUCAAGUGA